CUCCCCUCAGUUUCGGGCAAGAUGGGCGCACCUCGCCGGGCAGUAGCUUAGUCUCUACCUACAAGACAACACACACACUAAAUGUUCCCUUAUAGUAACAAUUAACCAAUUGUAUAUUAAUCUUAUUUAAGGGAAACACACGCGAGGGGGAAGAGAGACACGCGCGUACACACACACACACAGCCAGACACACGUAGGACGCCGUAUCGAGACACACGCGAGCUCUAUUUUUGUAAUUAUCCGCGCCGAGUGAAAUCCGAGUGUAGUGUGCUCUCGCCGUUGUAAUUUCUACGACCGUUGAAAGACGAGAGAGAGAAAGAGAGAGGAGUCGGAUCGCCCGUGUACCUUGCAUACGCGACUCGCUGCUUCCGUGUGAGUGUUCCGAGAAGAGCAACGAGUGCUGGAAAUACGCCGAGGGAGGAGGACAUCAUCGUCAAAAGGUACGGGAGCCGAGUAAGAGGAGAACAGGCGACGAGAGAGAGACGGGAGAAGAGAGAAGAGGAGCGGCCGUUGCACAUACGUGUGUAUAUAUAUACAUAUAUAUACACACAUAUGUGCGUACGUGUGCGAGAGGCAAGCAGAGCGCUCAGCUAGACGUGCGUUCGUUGUCGUCCAGGUGUUACCGGACACCCGGGUUGGCUCCCUCCGGCGAGGGAACGAGCGAGGAUCGACGCGGCCCGCCUCCCCCAUCGCUCGACGAGCAUCGUCGUCAUCGUCGUCGUCAUCGUCGUCGUCAACGUCAACGUUUGCAGCGGCGAGCUUUCCUUGACGCGGUGCAGUGUCGUCAACGGCGCCGUUAGUCUCUGUUUCGCGGCGCAGCGUGCGCUGUCUCUCUCUCUCUUUCUCUCGCUUCCUUUUUUCCCUCUCUCUCUCUCUCUCUCUUUCUCGCUCGUCGCCCGAGACACUCGUCGGGUGUGUGCGGUGCGUGCGUGGUGCGUUUUUCAUACGUGUGGUGCAGGAGGGAGAUUUAACAACGACGACGACGAGGCCGUUGCGAGAGACGUGGAGCCGGUGCUGCGCGUAUUAUCGGUAGUUUACAACAGCGCUGGCGGUGCAUUGGUUCUUGGAUCAGUGUCGCCGGUGAAGAGAGAGAGGAGGAGACUCUUGGUGCGGACGAGAGGAACGGCGAACAGGGAAGAGGAGGAGGGGGAGGAGGAGGUGAAGGAACCGAAGUGGCGGCGCUAAAGCGACCGGUUGACGGUGGUUUUUAGGCUGCGCGCCGGCGUGCGUUAUUGUUAUUAUUGUUAUCGUCGUCGCGACUGCAGCUGUGCAUCAUCGUCCACUCGACGGGCGACGAACGUCGGACACCGGGACGACGCAACCACCCGGCCGCUAUCAUGUCUGUGAGGAUGGAAAACGUGGCCGCGCGGAAGAUCAAUUAUAAAAUGAUGAACACGAACGGACCGAGGCCGGCGUACGUAGGCGCCAACAACGGCAACGCGGGUGGCGCCGGCGGCGGCGGAGGCGGCGGCGGCGCCGCCAACGCCGGCAGCAUCGGCGUAGGACCCGCGGGCGGCGCGGGCGCCGGAGGCGGCGGCGGCGGCGGCGGUGGCGGCGGUGGCGGCGGCGGCGGCGGCCACGGACUGAAGGGCAACACCGGCGGCGGGCCACGCGGCGGCAACCCGGUGCAGUACCGCGCGAGCACGGCGCCUCACGCGGCCGCGGCCGCGGCCGCGGCGGCGGCGGCGGCCGCUUACCCGCCUUACACGAGAUACCCGAGCGCAGCGGCAGCGGCGGCCGCCGCGGUCGGCGGCGGCCCUCAACAGCUGCCGGCGUCCGCGAACCCCUUCGUUACCGCCACGUACGCGCAACACGCGACGUAUGGUGGACAACGGGUGCCUACAGCUUCAUCUCCCGCGAACACUAACAGCAGCUCUAGUAGUGCCACUGGCAGCCAAAGUGGGACAAUGAGCACGAGUCUCAGUAACAACGCUAUGCAGGGUCAACAGGCGGAGCAGCUGUCCAAAACAAAUCUAUACAUCCGUGGCCUCAAUCAGAAUACGACUGACAAAGACCUCGUUAAUAUGUGUUCUCAAUACGGAACUAUAACUUCCACCAAGGCAAUUUUAGACAAAAAUACAAACAAAUGUAAAGGUUACGGAUUUGUAGACUUCGAGUCACCGAUGGCGGCAGAGGGUGCUGUCAAAGCACUGGUCGCCAAGGGGAUACAAGCGCAGAUGGCGAAAGUGGGUAUCUGGUUGCUCCGUAGACUGGACAGUGCGUGGUUGUGCAUGCAACAACAGGAGCAGGACCCCACCAAUCUGUACAUUGCCAAUCUACCGUUGACUUUCAAGGAGAACGACGUCGAAGCAUUACUGGCUCAAUAUGGACAGGUCAUUUCAACUCGCAUCCUCCGCGACACCUCGGGUCAAAGCAAAGGUGUCGGAUUCGCAAGAAUGGAAUCUAAAGAAAAAUGCGAGCAAAUUAUCCAGAUGUUCAAUGGAAAAGCGUUGCCAGGCGCAAAGGAUCCUUUAUUAGUUAAGUUCGCUGAUGGUGGAAACAAGAAGAAAUCGUUGUUCAAGAGUACAAUAUGGAGGGAAACUGGAGAAAACAUGACUUUGAAUUACGACACAAGUGGUGUCGGCCAGAAUGGCGUUGCUGCGACUCACAUGCUUCCCGCGGCGACUCUGACGCAGUACAGCCGUCACUACGGUCAGGCACUGCCUGGUUACAGUGUGCCAGGCGCUCCUUGGGUGGCACCUUAUCUCGUGCACCCUUCCCCACCACAUAUGCAACAGGUUGACAUGAUUCCGUCGGCCGAUCCUAGCAAUCCGCAGUACAGUAUGAUUCCUCAGCUUACCACGCAGAUGUCUACUUUGCAUCUCGGCACUGGUUCCUACAUAGCGAGCCCGCAUCCCUAUCCUUACACCACUUACCCCGCCCCUAGCAUCAUUCACACCAUGCCACUGGGCGAGUCGGAGCAGACGAGUAACGCGGCGUCUCCCGACGAUUCCUAUCAACAAUACCAGGCUCAGCAGCCUAAGUAGGCCACGGUUUAUAAUAGAUGUACGAUCGCGCUAAGAGUUACAUAAGAGUUAGAAAGAAAAGGCAUACUGAUUGACGCAUCAAGAGACACGCGUAGAACGAGCGACAGCAACCGACACCGAGCGGGAUAAUUAUACUAAGAAGAAUAUAGAUUUGAAACAAAAACUACAUUACGUAACGGAUAAGAUUCUUCCUCACGAUAAAUUGACUUGCCAGCGAUGUUUUAUACGUUUUAUCCAUCAGUAAAUAGGGGAAAGUAGUUGAUAUUUUGCAACGAGUAGGUAGAAUGAAUGUUUGAAAGAAUGUGUAAGAGCGAAAGGGAGCGAGCAAAGAGAGAGAAAGAGACAGAGAAAAUAGAAUUGAAGAAAUAGAGAAAAAAAACAUGAGAGCGUUCACGUGUCAUCCGCGGGGCCAGCACGUGCAUCCGCACCGUUAUGGCUCCGUUAAAACUAUCUAUGUAACGGUAACACGUACACUCCCAUGUACACAGAUAGAUACACAAAGAGAGAGAGAAAGCGAUACAUACACAUAUACACACAGUGACAAAAAAAUCGAGUUAUUUACGAAGGACAGUUUAGUGUCAAGCUGAUAGGCUUCCAUGAUGUAACUUUAGGUAUUACUAAGAACAGAUGAGACAGAAAUUGAUCGAAACUGAUCUCGAGAAUUCGAGAGUAUGAAUAAGUAUUUUAACGAGUAAGAGAGAGAGAGAGAGAGAGAGAAUGUGCGUGUGCAAAUUGUAAGGAAAAAAAACGAAUAAAGAAGAAGAAAAAAUAAUGCUGCUCAGAAAUAUAUAAAGGAGAAUUCUUCCUAAGAAAAUAAUAGUAAAUAAUAAUAAUAUACGGAGAGAAAGAGAGAGAGAGAGAGAGAGGGAGAAAGAUGGUGAAAGAGAGGGAGAGAAAGAUGGAAUGCACUACUUCCAGAUGAUACGAUUGACAGGUAUUAACAUCGAGAGGAGAAAUUCAAAGAUUCAGAAUCAUGACUGCAAAUCUCGAAAAUGGCGCUCAUUUGCGAAAAUUCUUCGUUGAGAACAUGCUUGGAAACGCGUCUUCCACGAGAGCGUACAUACACUUCACCCACAGAUCUUUCUUCACAUUACAGAUUACAGACUAUACAAGAUACACCGACAGAAACAUCAUACAUUUUUAUCGUUCACGAGUUCACGUGUUCUCUUUUCGGGUUUUUCUUUUUUUCCGCUUUGUUAAGAUGUUCAGAGACAUUCCAAACCGGA